UGGGGGCUACAUCCCCCUCUCAAACUCUUCCGGGGCGAUUGGAUCUGAGUAUUUUUUAUUAAAACUCUAUCCGUUCCCAUCAAUCCGGAAGAGAGGCCUCUAAUCCUCUGUCUCUCCUCAAAUUCUAGGGUUUUUGGAUCUGAAAAGGCUAGGAUUUUCUUGCUCAGUUCGUCAAAGUUAGGAUCUUUUUUCUCCAAAAAAAUUGGAGGGUUUUGGGCAGGCAACACGGAGAAGGCUGAGCUUCCAAUGCCAUUGUUGGUUUGGAAAUUGGUGAAUUUUUCGGUGAUUUUUGAGAAUCCGAAAAAGUUUGAGUUUUUAGAGUUGAGAAGAAGCAGCAUCAAUGUCUUGGGCAGGCCCAGAAGAUGUCUACCUUUCCACUUCUCUGGCCAGCUAUCUUGACAAGAAACUUCUUGUGCUGCUCCGAGAUGGUCGAAAACUUUUGGGGAUACUUCGAUCGUUUGAUCAAUUCGCCAAUGCUGUUCUUGAGGGUGCUUGUGAGAGAGUCAUUGUUGGCGAUCUUUACUGUGAUAUCCCUUUGGGUCUGUACGUAAUCCGUGGGGAGAAUGUUGUUCUAAUCGGCGAGCUGGAUUCAGAGAGGGAGGAACUUCCACCGCACAUGACUCGUGUUUCAGCUGCAGAAAUUAAAAGGGCACAGAAAGCAGAAAGGGAAGCUUCUGAUCUUAAAGGUACAAUGAGAAAAAGAAUGGAGUUCCUUGAUAUGGAUUAACGGAGUUUUGCCAAGUUCGUGGACUUACUCGCUGCCCAUUCUGCAAAUAUUAUGGCAGUGCUUUUCAUUCUCUUCUUCCGGUAGUUAGCUGAUGUUCGUGCAUGGUAGAUGUCAAAUCUCCAGAAAUUAGAAUUUCAACGAACAGCAAUUCAAAUUUCUUUCUGUAAUAUUUGGCUGAAUUGAUAGAAGUAUCCCUUUGCUUUAAAAGUUUCACUAUUUUUUGUGGAUUCAAAAGUUCUAGGGAACCCUAAUAUAGCUUGUUCAUAGACCAUUUGACGAAAUAAAGACCAUCAAAGAAGUCUACAAGACAGCAAGAAUAUUUGUCUUUUGACACAUCGAA